AGCAGCUGGAUAUCGCUGUGGUCCAUCCUGAACACGUGCCCUACAUGCCUGAGAACACCACAAGAGAGAAGAAUCCAGUGCAGCAGGACAUACAUAUGAGAGCUUGCUUGAGAAGCAGCGCGUUCAUCCGCACAACCAUCUGCCUAGACUCCAGCCAUGGCGCCCUUCUUCUCCAUCCUGCCAGUAUUAUCACUGCUUCCCCUCCUCUCAAGCUCAGCUUUUACAGACACUCUGCCGCUAAGAUCCUCGCUCUCCGUCGACAAGCACCAGACCGACAUCCUGCGCUCCCCAAACGGCACUUUCACCUGCGGCUUCCACAGCAUCUACGACAACGCCUUCACCUUCUCGAUAUGGUACACCAAAGUGAACAAGACCAUCGUCUGGACCGCGAACCGCGACCGCCCCGUGCACGCCAGGGGGGCGGAGAUGACCCUGCGGAAGGGCGGCACCUUGGUUCUCACCGACUACGAUGGCGUGGUGGUGUGGCAAACAGGUGGUGACCCUGCAGGUGUGCAGUAUGCCCAGCUGCUGGAAACUGGGAACCUUGUCCUGAAAAACUCCAGGGGAAUGGUUCUGUGGCAGAGCUUCGAUUCACCAACAGAUACCCUGCUGCCCGGCCAGCGCAUCAACGCAGCUACAAAGCUUGUCUCCACCACUGGAUUGCAUGUCCCAGGUCACUACAUAUUUCAUUUCACGGACUCGUCGAUAUUGUCCCUUAUAUACGACGAUGUCGAUGUGCAUGAAAUAUAUUGGCCGGACCCUGACAAUGGAGAGUAUCAGAAUAACAGGAAUAGGUAUAACAGUACAAGGAUCGCGGGUCUAGAUGAAACGGGAAGCUUCUUUUCCAGUGAUUUAGCUAACCAGCAAGCAAUUGUUGCCUCUGAUGAAGGUCAUGGGAUCAAGAGAAGGCUUACUCUGGAUCCUGAUGGCAAUCUUCGACUCUACAGCUUGAACAAUUCAGAUGGGAGAUGGUCAGUUUCCUGGAUUGCAGUGUCUCAGCCCUGCAACGUUCAUGGAUUGUGUGGUCCAAAUGGGAUCUGCCACUACUUGCCGACGCCUACAUGCUCUUGCCCACCGGGUUACGUGAUGAGCAACCCUGGGAACUGGAGCCAAGGCUGUAGAGCUGUUGUAGACAUUGCCUGUACAGUUGAGCAAGCGCAAUCUGUCAAGUUCUUGCGGCUUCCAGGCAUCGACUUUUGGGGAUCUGAUCAACAGCGUGUCGACCAUGUAUCCUUGCAGACUUGCAAGAACAUAUGUAGGAGUGAUUGCACCUGCAAAGGCUUUCAGUACCAGCAAGGAUCAGGGACAUGCUUUCCAAAGGCUUUUCUUUACAAUGGGAAGGCAUACACAGCACCUACAAAAUCGGCGCGAAUGAUGCAUCUCAAGCUCCCAGUGGGUGUGAAUAUUUCAGGUAUUCCGAUUCCCCAAACCAAUGUGCUUAUUUCAAGAAAGCAACAUCCUGAUUGUGGCCAGAUGAGCGCAUCAAUAAUGGAACCAUUUCCGUAUGUUCACAAGGCCAAUCAGGGGGAAGCAAAAUGGUUUUACUUCUACGGGUUUGCAGGUGCAAUUUUUGUUCUUGAAGUUUUCUUCAUCGCAUCAGCAUGGUGCUUUGUUUUGAGAUGGGAGUUGGGAGCAUCCGAAAUACAAGCAGUUGAGGAAGGCUACAAGAUGAUGACUAGUAAUUUCAGAAGAUACAGUUAUACAGAGUUGGUUAAAGCCACAAGAAAAUUCAAAGAAGAGCUUGGAAGAGGAGGCUCAGGGAUUGUCUACAAGGGAAUCUUGGACAACAGUCGAGCAGUGGCUGUUAAGACGCUGGAAAAUGUAAGGCAAUGUGAGGAGGAGUUUCAAGCAGAGUUGAGCAUAAUUGGGAGGAUUAAUCAUAUGAAUCUAGUAAGGAUAUGGGGGUUUUGCUCUGAAAGCUCACACAGGAUGUUGGUCACCGAGUACAUUGAGAAUGGAUCAUUAGCUAACAUCCUAUUCAAAGACAACAUUCUGCUAGAGUGGAGGCAGAGAUUUAAUAUUGCGUUAGGUGUCGCAAAGGGUUUGGCUUAUCUUCAUCAUGAAUGUCUUGAGUGGGUAAUACACUGCGACGUGAAGCCAGAGAACAUACUGUUGGAUCAGAAUCUAGAACCCAAGAUUGCCGACUUUGGAUUGGUGAAGCUGCUGAACAGAGGUGGCUCCAAUCAGAAUGUAUCGAGAGUGCGGGGAACCAUAGGUUACAUCGCUCCAGAGUGGAUCAGCAGCCUGCAGAUCACCGCCAAAGUUGAUGUGUACAGCUAUGGAGUUGUGCUUCUUGAGCUAGUGUUGGGAAAACGAGUUCUUGACUUGGCUGUAGGUGCUGAUGAGGAGGUACAUAAGGUGCUCAGGAAUCUUGUAGGAAUGCUAGUUCACAUGUUGGAUAACGAGGAAUCCUCUUCAAUAGCUGAGGUUGUGGACUGCAAGCUGAACGGACAAUUCAACUACAUGCAGGUAAGAACACUGAUCAAAUUGGUUGUCUCAUGCUUAGAUGAAGACAGAAGCAAAAGACCAACAAUGGAAUCUAUAGUGCAGACACUCCUUUUAGCUGAUGAAGCUUGUAGUAUGUGCUAGGGUGAUGUUCGACGCAAUGAAUUGUUGACAUGCGGAAAUCUUAAGCAGGAUCUGAGUUAGUGAAAUGUCAUCUUUUAGCUUUAUUUCAUUGUAUUCAUAUAUAUAUGUAUGUUUAUGUAUCGCUCUUGAAUACAAGAAAAAGAAACCUCUUGCGCUAAAAUUUCUCCAGUUAUCUUCUUUUCAAUUUUCUA